CCACCCGACCCCCAACCCCCAUCCCCAGUCGGAGCCGCCGCCCGAGAGGCCGGACCGUCGUCUUCGGAGGAGCAGCCGCCGCCGCCGCCGCCACCCCCGCCAUGGAGCUGAUCACCAUCCUCGAGAAGACCGUGUCUCCCGAUCGGCUGGAACUGGAAGCGGCGCAGAAGUUCCUGGAGCGUGCGGCCGUGGAGAACCUGCCCACUUUCCUUGUGGAACUGUCCAGAGUGCUAGCAAAUCCAGGAAACAGUCAGGUUGCCAGAGUUGCAGCUGGUCUACAAAUCAAGAACUCUUUGACAUCUAAAGACCCAGACAUCAAGGCGCAGUACCAGCAGAGAUGGCUCGCCAUCGAUGCCAAUGCCCGACGAGAAGUCAAGAACUAUGUUUUACAAACUUUGGGCACAGAAACUUACCGGCCUAGUUCUGCCUCCCAGUGUGUGGCUGGUAUUGCUUGUGCAGAGAUCCCAGUAAACCAGUGGCCAGAACUUAUUCCUCAGCUAGUGGCCAAUGUCACAAACCCCAACAGCACAGAGCACAUGAAAGAGUCCACGUUGGAAGCUAUCGGUUACAUUUGCCAAGAUAUAGACCCAGAGCAGCUGCAGGAUAAAUCCAAUGAGAUUCUGACUGCCAUAAUCCAGGGGAUGAGGAAAGAAGAGCCUAGUAAUAAUGUGAAGCUCGCUGCUACCAAUGCACUCCUGAACUCACUGGAGUUCACCAAAGCAAACUUUGACAAAGAGUCCGAAAGGCACUUUAUUAUGCAGGUGGUCUGUGAAGCCACACAGUGUCCAGAUACGAGGGUACGAGUGGCUGCUUUACAGAAUCUGGUUAAGAUAAUGUCACUGUAUUACCAGUACAUGGAGACAUACAUGGGUCCUGCUCUUUUUGCAAUCACAAUUGAAGCAAUGAAAAGUGACAUUGAUGAAGUGGCCCUACAAGGAAUAGAAUUCUGGUCCAACGUCUGUGAUGAGGAAAUGGAUUUGGCCAUUGAGGCUUCAGAGGCAGCAGAGCAAGGACGGCCCCCUGAGCAUACCAGCAAAUUUUAUGCCAAGGGAGCACUACAAUAUCUCGUCCCAAUCCUGACACAGACACUGACUAAGCAGGAUGAAAAUGAUGAUGAUGAUGAUUGGAACCCCUGCAAAGCAGCAGGGGUGUGCCUCAUGCUCCUGGCCACCUGCUGUGAAGAUGACAUCGUCCCCCACGUCCUUCCCUUCAUUAAGGAGCACAUCAAGAACCCAGAUUGGCGAUAUCGGGAUGCAGCAGUGAUGGCUUUCGGCUGUAUCUUGGAAGGACCAGAGCCCAAUCAGCUCAAACCACUGGUUAUACAGGCUAUGCCCACCCUCAUAGAAUUAAUGAAAGACCCAAGUGUAGUUGUUCGAGAUACAACUGCGUGGACUGUGGGCAGAAUUUGUGAACUGCUCCCUGAAGCUGCCAUCAAUGAUGUCUACUUGGCUCCCCUGCUACAGUGUCUGAUUGAGGGCCUCAGUGCUGAACCCAGAGUGGCAUCAAAUGUGUGCUGGGCUUUCUCCAGCCUGGCUGAAGCUGCUUAUGAGGCUGCAGAUGUAGCUGAUGAUCAGGAGGAACCGGCCACCUACUGCUUAUCUUCCUCAUUUGAACUCAUAGUUCAGAAGCUCCUGGAGACCACAGACAGACCUGAUGGCCACCAGAACAACCUGAGGAGUUCUGCGUAUGAAUCUCUCAUGGAGAUCGUGAAAAACAGCGCCAAGGACUGCUACCCUGCAGUGCAGAAAACAACCCUGGUCAUCAUGGAGCGGCUGCAGCAGGUGCUUCAGAUGGAGUCACAUAUCCAGAGCACAUCCGAUAGGAUCCAGUUCAAUGACCUUCAGUCUUUACUCUGCGCAACUCUUCAGAACGUACUCCGGAAAGUGCAGCAUCAAGAUGCCUUGCAGAUCUCGGAUGUGGUCAUGGCGUCCCUGUUGAGGAUGUUCCAGAGCACAGCUGGGUCUGGGGGAGUGCAGGAGGACGCCCUGAUGGCGGUUAGCACGCUGGUGGAAGUGUUAGGUGGUGAAUUUCUCAAGUACAUGGAGGCCUUUAAACCCUUCCUGGGCAUUGGAUUGAAAAAUUAUGCUGAGUACCAGGUCUGUUUGGCAGCUGUGGGCUUGGUGGGAGACUUAUGCCGUGCCCUACAGUCCAACAUCUUGCCUUUCUGUGACGAGGUGAUGCAGCUGCUGCUGGAGAACUUGGGGAAUGAGAACGUGCACAGGUCGGUGAAGCCACAGAUACUGUCCGUGUUUGGUGACAUCGCCCUUGCUCUUGGUGGGGAAUUUAAAAAAUACUUAGAGGUUGUACUGAACACACUUCAGCAGGCCUCCCAAGCCCAGGUGGACAAGUCAGACUAUGACAUGGUGGAUUAUCUAAAUGAACUAAGGGAAAGCUGCUUGGAGGCCUAUACCGGAAUCGUCCAGGGAUUGAAGGGGGAUCAGGAGAACGUACACCCGGAUGUAAUGCUGGUACAGCCCAGAGUAGAGUUUAUUCUGUCUUUCAUUGACCACAUUGCUGGAGAUGAGGAUCAUACAGAUGGAGUAGUAGCCUGUGCUGCUGGACUCAUAGGGGACUUAUGUACAGCAUUUGGGAAGGACGUACUGAAAUUAGUAGAAGCUAGGCCAAUGAUCCAUGAACUGUUAACUGAAGGCCGGAGAUCGAAGACUAACAAAGCAAAAACCCUUGCUACAUGGGCAACGAAAGAACUGAGGAAACUGAAGAACCAGGCUUGAUCUGUUACCAUUGGGAUGAUAACCUGAGACCCCCACUGGAAAUCUCCAAUCUUUUGAAAAACCCGGAAGUGAGGAGUGUGCACGGAUGCUGAAUGUUUGGGAAUGAGAGGAUGAGUGAGUGAGGCUUGAAAACACCACAUUGAAAAUCCUGCCACAGCAGCAGCCGCAGCCGCCGACAGCAGCGCUGUUAGUGAGCUAAGGAAGCACUGACUUCGUAGAAAACCAUAACAUCGGCCAUCUUGGAAAAGAAAACGGUGGAUUUACUUGCUUGUAACAACAGAAAGAAAGCUGUCUCUUCCCAAGGAGAGGCUAGAAGUAGCUUUUCUGUCUUGUGGCCGGUACCGAGUGGAAUGACUGGUUUGGGAGAGGAGGCGGGGACUGGGUUCAGCUGUGGUGCUUGUUGUAAAAGGCAGCCUGGCCUUUGCUACUGAGGAGAAAGAUGGAGCCUGGCUCUCGAGCCCACCUCCGCUGUACCUUUGCCACGCGGCCCAGUGUGCGUGCCAGCCAGGAGGAGGAGGGCGAGGGAGGGGUUUGUCCGGUCUGAGAAUGAGUGUGUGUGAGUGAGGCGGUAUCCACAUUCUCAACUUCAAGUCAUUGCAGUUUCUUUUUCCCAGAAAACAGGGGUUAGAUGUUGCAUUUCAUAAAACUAACCCAAGUUCUGUCUACUGAUGCAGCACAAGAGAUGUUUAAAAAAAUGGAAAGACGCUCUUUAGGUUUUGUUUUGUUUUGUUUUUAAUUAUUCUAGGGAAAACACUGACGAAUGGUCAGAGCUCCUAUCCUGGUCUUUUCAUCAAGGCGCCUUUCCUAAAUAAUAUGGUUCAACUGUGAAUGUAGAAGCGGGGGGAGGGGGGAGAAGGAGAAAACUCUGGAGUUAGAGGAUAUAGAAAAAUAAAAGUACAAUUGUUACAAAUAAAGAAUACAGACUUCAGAAACAAAAAGAGCCACAACCCAAACAAACCAAAAUUAAAAUGCUCAGAAUUGGCAGCACGAAAGAAAAGCUCUCUCCUGACUCGUAUUGUGGCAGUCUGAACGCCCCCAGAAAAUUGUGCCAAAGAGUUUAGAAAGUGACACAUGAUAACAGUAAACACACACACACACACACACACACAACAGCAAACUUCAGGGAACGAUUUUGGAUUGCAAACAAGGAUAAAUUUAAUGUUCAAACAACCUGAUAAAAUGACCAUUUGGAAACUG